GGUCUACCUCCCUUACGAUUGAUGGUACGCAAGAUGGUCCUUCUGUAUGCAAGCAUUGUCAGGGCAGAAUGGCGUGGUACUCUUUAGCAUACCCCAAUUGAAUAACGCCAUAUAGUAGAGCCGUCUGUGCCCUUAGACCUAGCGUUAUGGGACCCAGACUUCCUUCCACGAACCAGGAACUUCCUGCUCCACGUGCACCGAUGCCCGCUGCGCUCGACAUCCAAGCAGGCAGCGCUAGUAUUACUGAAGCAUCGUUCACCUCUGGUGUGCGUCCAAGUCCUAUGAUGCAACCUGGUGGAGACGUCCUGGACAGCAGUGGUAAGGUGCCAACCCCCGGCCAUGCGGCCUGCCUUGUUGAGACCCGUCUAGCGUCCGGCAUCCAGGACGGCGGCCACCAACAAUUAACCUCGAGGCAUGCAGCCGUGAGCGAUGAGGCUCUCGCGGACCCCGUCCUCCAAAAGUUUGGCCUUCAAGAGCUUCUCGUACACUGUAGCGACCGCGACUCGUCAGAACUCUUCCCCUUAGAACCCGAAAGGUUGUUUACCUUUCCACACGGGGAUUCAAGGGGCGGCAGUCAAUUAGCGCUGUGGGACACCGCACCGGCUUUGCUUCACGACAAUGACCCCUUCUUCGGCCGUGAGGUGUUUUCGUUUACAGCCUUCCAAGACCACCGCAGCUUAGGCCGCUCCGACUAUCUGGAGGUGACUUUCCUCGAGCAGAUGCAGCUGUACGUGCUGCUGGAGUCUAGUUCCAAGGUCCCUAAGUGGCUGGUGGAAGACUUUAAGUGCUUGCCAGAUAACUUCGUCAAAGUCAAUGUUUAUGCGCCGGCAGAAGAGCAGAGAGGACCGUGGCUUAGUACAACGUCAAAGUCACUUGCCGUUUGGGUGCGCAGACACCAGUGUGCACCGGGCUUCCGCUACACAUUUGGAGCGCCGCAGGGUAAGGAGGGCUGCGGCUUCACGUACCUGCUGGCGUGGCGGAGGCUUGUAGAGGGUGAGGAGGUUGAAAAGGCCCCUGAGAUCAGGCACGAACCGAUCUCGAGGUGGAUCGAGCGAAGAUUUAAGGACGGUGUGAGAAGCAGGAGACCCUUGGCGGAGGAGACCAAGCCGAGCCCCGAAGAAGUGCUGGCUGACAUAGGGGGCUGGUUGCUAAAUAUGGUGAAGAAGAACCGCUUGAACUUGCAGUAUAUGGUGGAGGCGUACAGGGAGUUUGCGGAAAGCGCCAAGGCGCCCUUCUGUGUCACCGUGGACGGCAAGCAGCAGCUGUUAACCUCGGUGGCAGCAUCAAAGUCCACUUGGAGGUCAUUCAUGCGCUUGGUGGAAGUGGGAGUGGAGAUAGAUGCCGCAACGUUUAGGUUCGUCCUCGAAAGUAGCAGCACCCUUCCCUUGUCCGGGUACCUCAGUGUACAGCACUUCGUGCUGUCAUACCUGGUCCGCCACCGCAACCCCAUCGCUGCAGCCAUGGCAUUUGCCCAAGAGCUAGACGUCGCGGGGGCAGUCCUGACAAAUGGGGAGGCAAGGAAAUGGAGGGAGCUCGCCAUCAAGCUGCGUGCCGUGGCCGUGGAGCUGUUGGGGUGCCUGGAAAUGCCCGGUGCAGCUCCAGAGCGGCAGGUCGAGAUCAUCCGCCCUGUGCUCAACCCCGAGCGCAUCACACGCUCCAUCAGUGAGACCAGCCCGCUACAGAUCGCGUACGACACCGUAGAUCUGGACUUCAUGUCAGCACCUGUCGUACAAGGGUUCAUGCAAAGCAAAUGGCUUGCUGCCGCGGGCACAGGGCAGAGCUCCUCCUCCACGCAAGUCCCAAGUGAAGGUGUGGAGUUGUGGACCUUGCUUCUGCACAUAUUGACAGCGCGCUGCCAGGACCGUGGUCUGUGGCAGUACGCUAGCUUUCUGCCAAUCUUAACCGCUGCAGGCUUUAUGGGCACCGUCAGCCAGCCAUUCACGUGGCUUUACUGGCGGAUUGCCUUCAUCGUCCACCACGGAAGCCGCUCCUACUUUGACUCCCCGCAAGGCCGCUGGGUGUUCAAGCUCUUCCUGGAGGUCUUCUUCCUCUACGUCUUCCACCAUGUGCAGCUCAUGACGGACGAAUCCCGGCUGGUAUGGCAGCACGUGGUGCUGGUUCUGUACAUUGCGGGCAUGGUGGUGGACGAGGUUCAGGAGCUCAUGCACCAGUAUCACGGCUGCCUAAAGCGGUACUAUUCCAGCGGCUUCAACGUUCUGGAGGCGCUGCUGGUGGCCAUCUUGGUGGCGUGCGUCGGGCUCAAGCUGGCCAUGUGGGGCCUGCCAGGAGGACAGUCUGACCCCCGCUGGGAGGAUGUCCGCAUGGCCAAGGAGCUGCUGAUAGGCACCGCCUCCAUACUCGUCUGGGCCCGGCUGCUUCAGUACCUCAUUCCCCUGCACGAUGGGGUCGGCAGCUUGCUCAUGGUCAUCAGCCAGAUGAUCCGGGAGGUGCUCAAGUUCUCGCUCCCCGGCGUCGUACUGAUGAUUGGCGUGGCCUUCAGCUUUUUCUCGGUCUUCAGGUCCCACGGCAUUCCGGAGCUCACCUCCUUCCCCAUGGUUCUUCUCCAGCUGUUUCGCACCUUUGUGGGUGAAACCAUGUUUGACUUGUACACGGAGGAGAGCCAGCCGUACAGUCUGUACGGCAGCAUCCUGACAAUGCUGUACACGCUCAUGGCCACGGUCGUGAUGGCUAACCUGCUCAUCGCUCUCAUGAGCUAUCACUACAAACCCGAGCAGUUUGACAAGCAGUCUCGGUUCCAGGCUGCUGAGCAGUUGCAGCACUAUGAGUACAUGGUGGACUGCCGUCUGCUGGGGGCGCCCUUCUCGCUGCCUCUGCUGCUGCUGUCGCGGAUGCCAAGCAGCACCCUGCGGAAAGACGACCCCUCCCAGGGUCAAGGCGCCUGUCAGAAUGGUCCUCCUUACACCCGCACCCAGUAUGGCCCGCGGCCGAAUGGCAUGCAACAGAGAGGGCGCCCCUCCGAACAGCUCGGUAACCGGCAUCACGCCCCCAACACCGGCACCAAGUAUGGGCCGCGGCCGGGUGGCAUGCCACCGAGAGGGGGGCCCCUCCAGCAUACAGACCCUGGUGCUGACAAGGAGUACCCCACCGGGUUCAACGCCCUGCCGUACCUGGUGUACCUGCUGACCGUGUACCCCGUCCUGAUGGUGCUGUCCUGGGCGCUCUACUUCGCCGUGGCGCCCUACUGCAUCGUCUACUUCACCUUUUGGGGAUACCGCAAGUGGAUCAAGGACAGCGCUCCAGCACCUGCCGCCAAGGAGCGAUAUCCGUGUUGGAGGAGUAGGUUGCAUGGCCUGGUCAGUCGGCUGAGGCAACUCCUGGCGACCCCUUGGUACCUCGCCACCCGACCCUUUUGGCUGGUGGUAGGGGUGGUGCUCUACUUGGGCCUGUAUGGGACCGUGCUGCUUGUCCUAAGGCUGGGCGUCUGUAAAUGGGCCGCUAAGGUGGCUUUCAACAUUUACGCAGUCCUGGUCGGCUGGGCGGAGCCGUACAUCCCGCGUCGGUUUCGGUUACAACGAAUUCCUUAUCUUGAGGAGAUGCGUGAUGAGAUGGCAAUGGAGUCUGAGCUCGAUAGAGCUGUAUGGCAGGAAUACAUGAGAAAGCCUGCGGCCCGGGAGGGACCCCCCCAGCCUACGCCUUCUGGCGAUGACUCCAAGCCGUCAUUAAACCCUCUGCAUCAGUUGUCCCCGUCAUUACUUCGCAACGAUUUUCCUGUUGUGCCGCGACGCUGGAUGAUGCCGUCCUCCACCCUCGCCAGCAGUACUUCAGCGGAAUCCUCCAAGCCUACGGCUCCUGAUGAUGGUUCGAAGCCGUCAUCAGACGCUCCGGAGCCGCAGCAGCAGCCAUGCAGCACCACGGAUCCGGAUCACCCCAAGCCUUUCGGGGCAAUGCGUGGGAUCGCCUCGCGCCCGUUGUCCUCGUCACUGGCCCACAGCACUGCAUUCUUUGGCGGUCGUCUGCCAUAUCGCCUGAACGAGCCGUCCCCCACCCUUGCCGCCAUCACUUCAGAGCCUACGGCUCCUGAUGAUGGUUCGAAGCCGUCAUCAGACGCUCCGGAGCCGCAGCAGCAGCCAUGCAGCACCACGGAUCCGGCUCGCCCCAAGCCUUUCAGGGCAAUAAGCCAGGUGCCCGCAAAACCGCCUUUAUCUUUACUGUUCCACAACGCUGCCUUUCUUGGCAACGUCUCGGGACCGUCCUCCACCUUUCCCGGCGCCACUUCGGCGGAAACCCCCAAACAUGCGGCUCCUGGUGAUGCUCCGAAGCCGUCGUCAGACGCUCCAGAGCCGCAGCGGAAGUCGGGCAGCACCACCGAGGCGGCUCCCAAGGCUGGUGGCGACGGCAAGCGAAGUCGCAUGCGGCCCUUCCGCAGACUACUGCUGGACUCCGAGACCUGGGUUCCAGGCCGUGACGUUCGGCUUCCUUAUGGGUGUCGUUUUAGACGAAGUGACACGGCCGAGGAGCGCAUUACGUUGACGGACCUGAAGCUUGCUUUGCGCAACGCCGGCUUCACCAUGUCGGAGGUGGACUUGGCAGUGAAGGGCAGACUGAGCCGGGAUAAGGUAACUGAGCUCGAGGAGCAGGAAAAGCAGGUUGACUGGGGCAUGUUGGCCAACGUCGAGCAAAUCGAACUGGAGACGCGGAGUGUGGUGGUGGAGCAGCUGGCACAGGUACAGGAGGAGCUGCAGAAGGCGAUGAAGGAGCAGCUCGCACAGAUAGGGGAGGAGCUGCAGAAGACGAUGGAGGAGCAGCAUCAGGUGCAUGUGUCAAAACAGCAAGAAGAGCAUCGUAAGGCGGCGGAGAACCAGCACGCGCAGAUGCGAAAACUGGAGGCGGCUGUGGUGGACCUCAGGCGGCUCACAGUCCUGAGGUUGCGGCGAAGCGCAGGGCGUGCACGGCGGGGCAGGCAGGCGGGAAGUGUAGAGGGUGUUGAUGGCAGCUAAUAGGUUUGGGAAAGCUGAACCUGACGCGUGUGCUGCCAUGCCGCUUGCAUUGCGACUUGAUUACUGUGGGAGGGGCGCAUGCAGCCAUGGGUUCGUAUCUGUCUUGCAAUGUGGCAGCAGGGUGUAUCUGUAUGCUGAGGGGCAACGGGGCGGCAUGCGGCUUGAGCGAGUGGUGACGGUUCAAAGACCUUUGCAGCCUUCCUAUGAUGGCUUUCACGCACAUUUUUGUCCUGUGAUUCGUGUUUCGCAUGCGAAUUUAAUUGAUCGUACCUAUCUUGUACCCUGCUGCAACCAACGUUGUCAGGAUGAUGAUGAACUAUUGUGUGGCAGUCUGCAAAUGCGUUAAGAGGACAGUCACGACUUAUUAGGUAUACUCAGUAGGUGCAGCAGUGGUUGCCAAUGCGUGCGGGUGAACACGCUGAGGCGUUGGGGGUGGAAUACCGUAGCCAGCUUCUUGCUUCAUGUGUUAUCUAAUUGCCCCUUGCAUGUUGUUAUACUCUUGCUGUGUUUUUCGUGCUAUUUUGGUAUAUCAUUACCCUCCUGCAGCCAGCUUUGUCAGGGUGAGGACACAUUGUUGAGUGUAGUUGCUUACUUGUAUUGUGGCAGCGGUUGUAGGCUGCUGUGUACGGGUAAACCCAACAAAUUGCGGUAUUCGGUCAGGCCAGGCUCCACUGCGUCUAGGCUUUCUAUUAUUCCAUAACUGGUCUUUUCACUUGCAUUCCUCAUGGAUUCAAAGUGCGCGGAUUCCCUUUUUCUUCGCCUUCCUCGUUAUUGCAUGUGGUUGAUUGCUGUGCUACUCUUUCGUUUGGUUUGAUGGAUCUUGGUCAGUAGUGUUGGAUACGAGAGAAUGGCAACUGGUCCCGUGCGGUUGGGAGUAGAUGACCCCACUAGCGUCCUAGCCGUGUAGGGCUACUUAGGCGUGCCUGUGGUUCCUGCCCUUGGCUUGCUUCCAGCUGCUGGUUUAGAGGCAUAGGUACGCUUUCCUUGCAUGCCAUGCAGGUAUGGGCGUUGUGUACGGAUAGUUCUCCUGUGCUUACGGCCUGGCAUGUGCCC